AUGUUUGGCUUUCAAACUCUCUCAUAUCUUCAUGACAUACCAGUCGUCCGUUCAUCAACUAAUAAACUUCACGAGAUGUAUGCCAAAGCUAAAGAUACAAGUGUAUUCAUCCGCCUUCCAUGCAAUUUAGUCGAAACAGUUGCUGAUAAAUCAUUAAAAAUUACUCUUACAGUUGCUGAUCCCCUUGUCAAACCAUUAUAUGGACUUAUGCAUCAAAUUGACGAUUAUGCUUCCGAAAAACUUCGUCAAAUUGAAUGUAAAUAUCCUGCUAUUAAUACACCAACUGAAGAGGUUAUGAAUACAUUCAACGAAAAAACUGAAUCUGUUCGUCAUGUAAUGAAUUCAGUUAAAGAUACAACUACAUCAACAAUUCAACAUGGCACAGAGACUGUUUUUCAUGUAGCAACAACCACAGUACAUAAGGCAUCGGAUUCUGUCUUCUCAUUUUGUGAAACACAUGUUCCAGGAAUCCAACAUUUUAAUGCUGGCAAAACAACAGAGUUAUGUGAACAUGCUUAUUUAACUGUUAGUUCAUUAUUUAAUUAUGUAUUUCAAUCAGUUCAAUCAUCAUUAAUAUGGUCCAGAAUGUUGACUGUAUAUUCAUUUUACUUAAAACAAAAUAAAUGAACGAUCGUAUAGGAUCCAAUAGGAUCUAUAUUUUUUUCAUGAUUUAAGAUUAUAGUGGACCUCAGUGAACUACAGUUAAAUGGGUGCGCUGAGGUGAAUCCUAACAGACUUUGAUAGAUUUUCAUGAACUCUGGCAAAUUCUAACGGAUAUUGGUACAGUCUAAUGAAUACCAGAGUUAGAAUUGAAACGGCCAGUUUUUCAUUUACCGAUCGGGUUCGGUAGAACUUUUCAGACCAGUCAAGGGUGUGGGUGGGUGUGCGUGUGGGUGUUGGUGAAGAGAACACUUAGAUUAAGACACAUCCACACCCCACACUCACCCACGCCCACACCCCAGACCCACACCCAUACUCACCCACACCCCAGACCCAC